AUGGACAUACAUCGCUUGAGCUUGAAUGCCCGCACGGAUGGGGCGGACACUUUCCUCGAGCUCAUUGCGAAUCCAUUUCGUUCUGCAUUCACAGUCACUGCUAUUUGGGCCUCGCUAGGUACCUCGAUCGGAGUCACUGUCCUCCUCGCCCUCCUCUUCUCCCUUAUUCGACCUCGUCACUCGCUUGUCUAUGCGCCCAAAGUCAAGCAUGCAGACCUUAAACACACUCCGCCUCCGGUGGGCAAGGGCUUCUUCGCCUGGGUCAAACCGGUCAUCAAUACACGAGAAGCGCAGCUGAUCGAGACAGUCGGCCUGGACGCCGCAAUCUUCCUUCGCUUCACAAAAAUGUGCCGGAACAUCUUCAUAUUUCUUAGCAUAAUCGGCUGCCUCGUCAUGAUACCGGUCAAUAUCACACAGAGCAAGAACAGCACCGACUCAUCGGCGUCCGCCGCCUUCAACAUGAUGACACCCCUCAACAUCACCAACCCCACGGCUAUUUGGAGUCAGGUCGUAUGCGCCUGGGCUUUUGACCUCAUUGUUGUUUUCUUUUUGUGGAGGAACUAUCGUGCUGUGCGGAACCUGCGGAGACAAUAUUUCCAAAGCUCUGAGUACCAGCGCAGUCUGCAUGCCCGAACCUUGAUGAUCACUGACAUCCCUCCCGGUGAUCGUACCGACGAAGGCAUCCUGCGGUUGACUGACAAGGUCAAUCCAACUGCGGCCCUCCCACGAGCUGCGAUUGGCCGUAACGUCAGAGACUUGCCCCGGAUUAUCAAAGAGCACGAGGAGGUUGUGCGAAAACUCGAGUCCGUUCUGGCCAAGUAUCUAAAGAACCCGGACAGAUUGCCUGCGAAAAGACCUACUCUACGACCUCCCCGCAAACAACGCAAUCAACUCGCCAGCGGCAGAGUGGACGCAAUUGAUUAUCUGUCUGUCCGGAUCCGCGUUUUGGAAGAGGAGAUCAAGCAUGGACGGGCAUCGAUUGAUCGCCGAAACGCGAUGCCCUACGGCUUUGCCAGUUGGGACAAUAUUGAGCACGCUCAUGCUGUGGCAUGGAAUGCCCGCCGCAAGCACCCCGAGGGCACUACUAUCGAUCUUGCGCCGCGACCCAGCGAUCUUAUCUGGGAAAAUCUACCGCUUACAAAAUCAGCACGCAAGUGGAAGCGACUGGUCAAUUUUGUCUGGGUGACUUGCCUGACGGUUGUUUGGAUUGUUCCUAACGGUCUGAUUGCCAUUUUCUUGUCCAACCUGUCAAAUCUGGGGUUGGUAUGGCCGGCGUUCCAGACCUCGCUGUCAGCGAACCCAAACGUUUGGGCUGCUGUCCAGGGUAUCGCAUCGCCUGCGUUGACUUCGCUCGUGUAUCUGGCCCUUCCGAUCAUCUUCCGUCGACUUUCUAUUCAAGGUGGUAGCAAGACUAAGACAUCUCGCGAGCGCCAUGUCCUGGGACAUCUGUAUGCGUUCUUCGUUUUCAAUAAUCUAAUCGUCUUUUCACUCUUUUCGGCUGCUUGGUACUUUGUGUCGUUUGUGAUUGACAAAACCAACAAUCACGAAGAUGCUUGGCAAGCCAUCUUGGAAAGCCGGAUGUAUGCCAAAUUGGUUAGCGCUCUAUGUACAGUCUCGCCAUUUUGGGUGACGUAUCUUUUGCAGCGGAAUCUUGGCGCUGCUAUCGAUCUUGUGCAGCUCGUGACCAUGGUUUGGGUUUGGUUCGCAAAGACCUUCCUCGCGCCGACACCCCGACAGGCAAUUGAGUGGACCGCACCACCACCAUUCGAUUAUGCCAGUUACUACAACUAUUUCCUCUUCUAUGCCACCGUGGCUUUCUGUUUCGCUACCUUGCAGCCAAUUGUACUGCCGGUAACGGCAUUGUACUUCGGUGUGGAUGCCAUAUUGAAGAAGUACCUGUUGAUGUACGUGUUUAUCACUAAGAACGAAUCUGGUGGUGCGUUUUGGCGAGUUUUAUUCAAUCGUCUGAUCUUCGCUACUAUUCUUGCCAAUGUGAUCAUCGCCCUCGUUGCCAAGUCGAGCGGCACGUGGACCAUGGUAUUCUGCGUGGUCCCCCUGCCUUUCCUGAUGCUUGGGUUCAAGCUCUAUUGCAUGAAGACAUUUGACUCCGAUUGUGAAUUCUACAAUCGUGGAAAUUUAAGCGAUGCCGAGGCCUUGGGCGUGAACAAAUCUGAUAAGAAGGCCUCAGACCGUCUGAAUACCAAGUUCGGACAUCCUGCCCUGUACAAACCACUUUUGACACCGAUGGUGCACGCCAAGGCAGCCGCAGCACUAAAGGACAUCUACCAGGGUCGUCUAGAUCAGGGAGACCAGGGAGACACCGGGGGCGAGUACUCAGAUAUCGCAAUGAACCCGAUGCUCGCCUCCCAGCCCGGAAAGUCUGCUGAACCCUCUCCAUUCGAAGUUGUUCCGGAGAGCCACCUAGAUUUCUCCUAUUACAAGGAUCGGGCAGACUUCCGCGACGAGUUCGGCGGCGGCAUCUAUGGCCGACCCGAGGACCUAAUGACAGAGCGCUCGCAUACACCCCGCAGUACUCUGAGAGGCGAGUGGUCUCCCGGCUCAUCCCGUGCUUCAUCACCAGCACCCUCUCUGCCAUCAAUGCCGCUGAAUAUACACAAUGGUUACGAAAACCCCGACCCAACAGGACUGAUCCACCCGGCCUUCCGUGUGCCGCUAUCGCGCGGCGACAGUGGCAACUCGAUGGAUGAGGCCGAAUCCAGACUUCUCACCCAUGCACAGACGCCCGGGCAGGCGGAUAUCACAAACCCGCUGGAUCGCUGGCGCACCGGUGGCUAUGGACCUGUCGGUCAGGAUGACGAGCCCGCAUACGCUCCCUACGACGCUUACCGUCCACAUCGGUGA